CCCCUUCAUCUCGGCACCACAAGUCGGCCUUUGGCAUCCGGAGUCCUCAGCCAUGGGUGCCCAACAAGAGCCAUUCCGACUCAAGGUUUUCAAGGUCUUCUUUGCGGUGUCCAUUGCGCUUUUGACGUCCAGCCUGGUCUUCGUCAUCAACACGUCCACGGGAGCUUUUGCAGUUGGAUCCAUCGGAACUCAGCUCCAGUCCUCCAUUGGCAUUGGAAUUGAAACUUACAUGAUCGGAAAGAUGGAACCCUUGCGGAUCUAUUUGCAGCAAGGCAUUCUCAUGUUUGAGGAGUUUGGGUGGAACUUGAGCCAGUGGAGCGAUUUGCAAAAGACUCUCCCAUACCAGCGAUCCUUUCUUGAGACCUACUUCGAUGAAUCCAGGUGCUGCUCAGGGAUAUUUACCAAUCUCAGGUAUGAUGACGUUCUCCUUUGCCACGCCAUGGAGAAUCCGGAUUGCACGGGAACCAACACGAACUCGAUGGAUGGAGAGCUUGGAAGCAUGGACUUGGGGGGCGACAGCAUUUGGGCGGGCGUGCUCCAGUAUUCAGACACCUACACCACGGGGCAAUACCCCGGACUCGAUGUUUGCGACGGCAGCUGCCAGAAUGAGCACAGUGGAGAUUUUGUGCAGGUCCUACCGGGAAGACUCUCUGGUGGUCGCAACAACACCCUGACCUUCAGGUGGUACGAGAAGCAGCGUUCCUUAUCGCCCUGGUUGGGAGACGAAUCUAUUAACCCCGGAUGCGUGGGAAAUUCCAGUGAGUGCCGGCAGGAGGACAGUUUCGGGCAUUGGGUGCAACCCAUUGGCUUCGUUCAUUGGCCGAUUCAAGAUGGAUAUUGGUACAGAGACAUUCGCAAGUACAACUUGUCCAAGGGCGAAGUCCGCUUUGCCACUCGAGUUUUCCCUUGGACUUUGUAUCCUCCAGCAGUUCUGAAGUCUCACAUGUUCACCCCAAUCUAUAGCCCCGGCGGUGAAUUGAUUGGUGGUUGGGUGGUAGGUUUCAAGCUACAUUGGAUCACUGCCUACUUGCAAGAACUGAAGAAGCCGGCAGGGACCUUCAUCUUUCUGGUCGAGCGCAAGACUGGGGUGCUGAUUUCCACGUCCGAACCGGAGAUUCGGGUCUUGAAGAACUACCACACAAAUGCCAGUUACUCGGAUGUGAUCAUUGCUACCGAGUCUCCCGACCCAAGAGUCUCCGAACGGGCCAAGCAAUUGGUACAAAUGGCCGGUGCUUCUGCGCGGGAUUGGAGCAACGUCAGGAACUUGUUUGGCAGGCCGGAGAUUAAAACAACCGGCUUGGAGCCUGCCGAAGAGUUCCUUCUUUCUCGCGACUUUGAGUUCUUCGGCCUUGAUUGGGUGAUUGUCAUCAGCAUUCCUGGUGAGACGGUCUUGGCAGAUAUCACUGCGAACAUGUUCACCCGCCUUUUCUCCAUCCUGGGAGCUACUGGCGGCAUGAAACUGGCUUCCUCAGUGCUGCUGGCCAUCUUGAUCGCCCUUUGUGGAAAGUGUUGUUAUGGCGCUGCGCAAGUGGCAGAUGAUGGUGGAGAAUCCUUCGGCACGAUUCAGCCCCCAGACAUGGAACCUGACGGGAUUCUUCCGGAUGCCUAAUGGCCUCGCUACCGAACGGCCCGUAGUUCGUUGCAUUGGCAAAGCCAAUCGCGACUUGGAAGCACGGGGCUCCGGUUGUACUGGAGGUAUAGCUAGGGCCCUCCGUAGCUCCAAUUUUUGCUGCAUUGUCGGAUAACAUCCGCCAGCAGGGCAAACCAGGAGUAACUAUUUUUGACAUUUCUGCGAAACUUGUGUGAGCGGCAUUGUCCGUGCAUAUGUGCACUGCUCCGAUUUGCUCAGGCUAA